UCGGGCUGGGCGCAGCCCUCGCAGACUGGGCAACUCGAGGGAGGCGGUAGCAGUGCUACGGCAAGGGGUGCGGCCGGGCCCGGAGCCCUGCCCGGGGCCCGGCAGCCCUGCGGGCGUGCGAACAGCGGCGGAGGCCAAGCCUGUUUGUGCGGCGCAGCCCCGGGGGCUGCUCGUGCCGGCCGCGCCAUUGUUGGGGGAGGGGGCAUUACCCAGCGCAGCGGAGUCGGAGGUGGGGGCAGGAGUCCGGGGUGAGCAAACGCAGCGACAUAGGCGAAGAGUGUAGGCACCUCAUGGGGAACACGCUGACCUGUUGCGUGAAGCCCAGUGCCAGCCCCAAGCUGAGCCGGCGCUCGGAGCCGGCAGAGCCGGACUACGAGUCUGAGAUCUAUGAGGCGGCGGCUGGGGACGCGGUGGCGGUAGCACCUUCGCCCGCUGCCGUGGACCCCGCAGAGUUGGAUUUUGGAACCGGCGAGGGCCACCACCUGCAGCACAUAAGUGACCGGGAGAUGCCGGACGAGUUAGCUGUGGAAUCAAACCCUUCUGACCAUCCGAGGGCGAGCACAAUUUUCCUGAACAAAUCUCAAACGGAUGUGCGAGAAAAGAGGAAGAACAACUAUGUAAACCAUGUAUCUCCAGGGCACCUUACUAAAAAAUAUAGCUCAUGCUCAACAAUAUUUCUAGAUGACAGCACAGUCAGCCAGCCUAAUCUUAGAACCACAAUACAAUGUGUGACCUUAGCGAUAUAUUACCACAUAAAGAACAGAGAUGCAAAUAGAUCCUUGGAUAUUUUUGAUGAGAGAUCACAUCCACUCACACGAGAAACAAUUCCAGAGGAAUACUUUAAGCAUGACCCGGAGCACAAGUUUAUUUACAGAUUUGUUCGUACGCUUUUCAGUGCCGCCCAGCUGACAGCUGAGUGUGCCAUAGUAACUUUGGUUUACUUAGAAAGGCUUUUAACUUAUGCUGAGAUCGACAUUUGUCCCACUAACUGGAAAAGAAUUGUUCUGGGAGCCGUUCUUCUUGCCUCCAAGGUCUGGGACGAUCAGGCCGUGUGGAAUGUGGACUACUGCCAGAUUCUCAAGGACAUUACAGUUGAGGACAUGAAUGAGAUGGAAAGGCAUUUUCUGGAGCUCCUUCAGUUUAAUAUUAAUGUUCCUGCCAGUGUUUAUGCCAAAUACUACUUUGACCUUCGCUCCUUAGCAGACGACAACAACCUGCCUUUUUGUUUUGCACCUCUUAGCAAAGAAAGAGCACAGAACCUAGAGGCCAUUUCCAGAUUGUGUGAAGACAAAGACCUGUGCAGAGCUGCCAUGAGAAGGUCUCUCAGUGCUGAUAAUUUUAUUGGUAUUCAGCGUUCUAAAGCCAUCCUGUCUUAAGGGAGAAGUGAGGGGUUGUAACAUCAUGAGCCCCUGAUCUACGAGGACUGGGACAGUACCACCUCACCUGCUCAGACACCAGCGGAGUUAGUCCCUCACCUGGGAGGACUCGAGAAAUACCAUCUCUCCUGCCCAAGAACCAGCAGAGCCAGUAAGACAGACAUCAGACUGAAGAGCCUCGUGGACAGCAAGUACUAUGCUUGUGGGAAAGAAUGGGACCUUGUCAGUGCAACACACUGUUUGUCCUUUACUAAAUGAGUUACAAAAGCCACUCCAAGCAAUAGCUCCCAACCCACACACAGAUAUUUGCUUACAAUGUAGGCUGAUAACUGUGAACUAUGUGAGGGUUUUUUAUUGAAGUUUAAAUUUUGAGACUUGAAAGACACUAACCAUAUAUAACUUUUAUGUCUUUCCUGUUUUUCUGAACUGCCCCCUCCAAGAAAGAAAGCAGAACCCCCUCCCCCAUUGUUGCUGCACAUUCCCUCAGUCAGUGCAGUAUUACUGUUAAAAUGCGGGGGGGGGGGGCUCCUCACAACCCGUAAAGCCACUGAGCGACAGACUGUGCAGCACUGUUAGGCAUUGAAGGGUUCUUCCUACUACACCCUAGAAGCUGCUAGCUUAUUAUUGGCCAUCAGUUUAAACCAAAAAGCUGCUGAAUAACACUUGCCAUUCAAAUUCUUUGCAAGCACUACUUAUGAGCAUAUUGGCAUGUUUGGGAUAAGAGAAAAUUUCAGUCAUUGAUUAUCUACUUUCAGUGGGUCCAUGCUACAUAUCUUAAGAACUAUAUUGGGAUUUAAAAAAUAACCUAUAAGGAUGCUUCUCAUUUUCUGUUGUAUUUCUUUGUUAAAUAAAUGUAUCAAUAGAUAUUUCCAUAAUUCCAACCAAUGUGCUGGUCCAGUGAUAACAAGCAGGUGACAAAAUAGGUGUUCCCCGAGUGCGGCGUCACGUGCCUGCGCCCCCCCAGGUGCUGCUGGGGAAGGAGCAGCCACCCACUCACAAAGGAACAUCACGUGGAAGCUUACAUUUCUAUUUCUUGUGAACUUAGUUUUGUAAAUUGUUAAAAUGACAGUUUCAGCCAGUCUUUGCCAUCUUCAAGAGGGAGCUGAAACAAGAAAUUAAAAGAUUAAAUGUUUAAGAGACAUUUAAAUUUUCAGAUGUUAAAGUCUGUAGCAUUUAUACUACAAGUGCCAAAACUUAAAAUCGCACUGGGACUUUAGGAGACACCUUGUGUCUCCACAGAAAUGCCUUCCUCUUUUAAAAUAAAUCUUUGCAAGUCAUCAUAUAGGUUAUUUUAUUGCUUUUUAUUUAUUUUUCUUCUUUUCUCUUUUUUGCUCAGCCCCUCCCCUCCCAGUCCUUCGGCGCUGCCCCUGCCCCCACAGCUGUCCGCCUGCUGUCGCCAAGCUUAUUAGUGCAUUUUGUUCAUUAGAUUCCACAUAUGGUGUGAGAUCAUACGGUAUUUGUCUUUUUCUGACUGGCUUAUUUCACUUAGCAUAAUGCUCUCGAGAUCCAUCCAUGCUGUCACAAAGGGUAAAUUUCCCUUUUUUACUGCCAAGUAGUAUUCCAUUGUGUAAAUGUACCACAGCUUCUUUACCCACGCAUCUGUUGAUGGGCAGUUGGGCUGCUUCCAAAUCUUGGCUACUGUGAAUAACUCUGCACUGAACACGGAUGGUAACAUUUGUUUUCUCCCAAGGUUAAAACAUGAUAGGUCUAUUUUGAUAUAAGGUUCUUAAUGGUUUAAGUUCUAAUCUUUUAGGACACAUAAUUUUGGACCUGCAAGAAUAACAUUACAAGGAAACUUCAGUAUAAUAAAUUAGAAAAAAUUUCACAGAAGAAAUAGAAAUGUAAAUCCAAAUAACAUAAACAAUUCGCCAAAAAUAAAUAAUUAAAAAUAGUUAUUUGCAAGCUAUGCUGUAUACCUGCUUUGAUCAUCAAAGUGUUUUUCUGGAUUUGGGAAAGGAAGAUUAUGAGGAGCAGUGUUAAUUGACAUGUAAUACAUUUAAAGGAAGUGGACCCAACAAAUAGUGUUUUGAAAGCAGGUGAUAGGAAAUAAUAGCUCUUCUACCCUACACGUUGACUCGGCUGUAGGGGUCCCAAUUCAGUCUUGCUAUUUACGAGGAAACACAAAUUUAGGACCCCUUACCCCAGGCUUUGGGCAGGGAGUUGAGUAAUCAGUCUUUUCGAAGAUUGGUAAAAUGUCACCUAAACUUGAAAUAUUUUUAAAAAUAUUCUCAACUAUGUGAAAUCUUUCUUUUACCUACCUUCUCAAAUGUGUUCCUAGGAAUUUUGCUUAUAAACAAAGCAUUUCUGGGCCAAGGAAUACUUUUUCUCAAUAUACAGUGCUUCGUAUUAUAUCGAGUACUAUGGGUUCCGUCACUUUUAAAAGGCAAACAAAAAAUAAUGGUAUAUAAAAUACUACAAUCUACCACCUCAAAUAAAAAACAUUGUUUAUGAAGUUCACAGCUUGGAGAUUUAAGUAUUGAUUGCAGUUUUAUUUUGAAAAGAAUGCUACAACUUAUGUGGUUUUUCUUCCUGAUGUUUAUAUUAAAAGAAAAGCUAAUAAACCCUAUUUUAAGUAAAA